AUGGGUCACCAGCAGCUCUACUGGAGCCACCCUCACAAAUUCGGCCAGGGGUCUCAGUCGUGCUGCAUGUGUUCAAACUGGCAUGGCGUGAUCCACAAGUAUGGCCUGAACAUGUGCCAGCAGUGCUUCCAUCAGUAUGCGAAAGACAUCGACUUCAUCAAGUUGGACUAA